AUGGUCCAAAGAAUCCUCGGAAAUAUAUACCUAUCCUCGUUCGAGCCAAUCGAAAAUGAGGUGAAUUUGAAGGAAGAUUAUGGGGUCACACAUGUUCUCUCGGUGCUUUCGGGCCUGCUCCCGUCUUUUCUAGAAGAGUACCUGACGUUCCAGAUCGACAUUACCGAUGAGCCAACAUCCAAUCUCAUAGAUUACUUAGAUAAGGCCAUGGAAUUUAUGGAUGAGGCCCUUUGUGGAGACGCCCUGAAUUCCGAAAAGCAUAAAGGCACAGUGUUGGUGCAUUGUGCCCAGGGCCAGUCUCGAUCCGUGGCUGUGGUGAUAGCCUACUUGAUGUACAAAUACAAGCUAACAUACAAGCAAGCUUUGCAUGCGGUUAAGCGAAAAGUUCCCGAUGCGGAGCCAAAUUCGGGCUUUGUGAAACAGUUGGCGCUCUUUCAAGAGAUGGGGUGUAAGGUUGAUCCUAACCAUUCAGGGUACAGAGCUUUCAUUGUGGAAAAUAGCUUGGAGCUUGAUCCGUCCGGGUCGCUUCUCCAGCAAUCUGGAUUUUGGCAGAGAAAGGAGCCACAAGAGGCUUCGGAUGUUCCGCCUUCACCUUCGAAUGAACCCCAGAAAGAUGUUGGAGAACAAGAGCCUACAGCACACUUCAAGUUACGCUGCAAAAGAUGCCGCAAUGUUCUUGCCCAGGAAACAGAUGUCGAGGCACACGAGAUCCCCGAUGCAGACUCGCGCCAGUCACAGUUCAUAAGAACCGUUCCCAACUCGAGAAGAAUCAUAUCAGCUGUCGACGGUUCGAAAACAUGCUCGCAUUACUUCAUGAAGGAGCCUAUUCCCUGGAUGGAUGAAGAGCUCAGCAAACAGGACCUCGAAGGAAAGUUUGCCUGUUCCAAAUGUGCAGCUAAGAUCGGAGGUUACAGCUGGAAGGGAUCCCGUUGUUCGUGUGGUAAAUGGAUGAUUCCUGCUUUGCAUUUGCAAAGCGCAAAGGUAGACUUAAUGAGACUGUAA